AGUUGUCCCUAAACGCACCUCCGGUCUGCGUCAACAACCGCUCCAGUCUGUCCGUUUUGUUUGUUUGACGGUUGGUUUUGCACGUUACCGGGAGUAAGAAGAUCCACCUGCCCGGCUGCUGUCCAAAGAGAGGUCUGGUUAAAGACAGUCGGUACCUGUCGGCUGUCGCUGUGUUUCUUUUGAGUCACUCGUUCAUCUGUAGACCGUCCUGUUGUUCUGAUGACUGACUGAAAGCCUCCAUUGAUCCUCCCAGCGUCUCCGUCCACAGCUGCACUAUGAGUGUAUGAUGUCUGAGAGCAGCUGCCAUGGCCUGCAGCAGCGGACAGAGCAAUGCCGAAACUCUGGAGGGGUUCCAUGAGGUGAACUUGGCCUCACCCACCACACCUGACCUUCAGAACCAAGCUGAGCAGCGCCCCCCUGCCCGACAGAGUGCCCCGCCCACCUCUCUGUACCGCACCCACUCUCUGGGAGCGCACCCUAGUGGCCGCCCCACGUCACUGCGGGCCGACCAGCUCCCCACGCAGCCAGUGUACUCCACCCCACGGCACAGCCACAAUGGAAGUGUGCCAGGCCAGGAGGCGGAGUCGACCGAGAUCAACUUCCUGUCCGCAGAGGAUGGCGAGGAGUGCAGCGCUCUGAGCGACAGCCUGUCGCGGCUGCGCAGCCCAUCGGUUAUGGAGGUCCGAGAGAAAGGAAGCGAGAAGCUGAAGGAGGAGCUGGCCAAGGCCCAGAGGGAGCUGCUGUUAAAGGAUGAGGAGUGUGAGAGGUUGUCUAAAGUCAGAGACCAGCUCGGCCAGGAGCUGGAGGAGCUCACCGCCAGUCUCUUCCAGGAGGCCCACAAAAUGGUCAGAGAAGCCAACGUCAAACAGGCGAAUGCUGAAAAACAACUGAAGGAAGCCCUGGGAAAGAUUGACGUCCUCCAGGCGGAGGUCCAGGCCCUGAAGACACUGGUGCUCUCCUCCCCCACCUCCCCGCUGGGUGAACUGCCCUCUGCGGGAGCCGGGGGGAAGACUCCCUUCAGGAAGGGCCACAGCAGGAACAAGAGCACAUCCUCGGCCAUCAUGGGGACGCAGCCCGACCCGUCGGCCACGCAGCCCAUCGUGCGGGAGUGUAGAGAGGUGGACAGUCAGCUGUUCAGCGACUUCAAGGCGUGGAAGGAGGAGCCGACGCUCGACCGGGGCUGCUGCUUCCUGGAGAGAGUUUACCGUGAGGACAUCUACCCCUGCCUCACCUUCAGCAAGAGCGAGCUCGGUUCGGCCAUCUUGGAAGCUGUGGAGCAGAACACGCUCAGUGUGGAGCCGGUCGGUUUCCAGCCGCUGCCUGUGGUCAAAGCCUCGGCGGUGGAGUGUGGAGGACCAAAUGGGCGAAGGGCUGAGCUCGUCACAAAAUGUGCCCUGAGUGGUCAGACCAAUACCUGUAAGCACAGAAUCAAGUUUGGAGAUUCGUCCAACUAUUACUACGUGUCUCCGUACUGUAGAUAUAGAAUCACAGCAGUGUGUAAUUUCUUCACAUACAUUCGCUACAUCCACCAAGGGCUGGUCAAACAGCAGGAUGCGGAGCAGAUAUUCUGGGAGGUGAUGCAGCUACGGAGGGAAAUGUCCUUCGCCAAGCUUGGCUACUACAAAGACCAGCUGUGACCGACAGCCCCACCCUCCAAUCACAGCCAACUGCGCCCCGAAUCCCCGCCCCCUUCCUGGUCCUGUUUUUCCCUCAUCCUGUCAUUCCCCUCCCUCCCUCCCUCCUUUUG